AUGGUCGAUGAUAUCUUAAUUUACGUUCAAUUGGCACUGUAUCACACUCCCGAAUUACCACCUGAUGACCUGACAAUCGAUGAAAGUGCGGCAAUUCGUCUCUAUACAAUGGAAUGGAAAGGAACACAGCCAAGUCUCUAUUCGAUGCUCAAUAACACUCUGAGGAUGGGUGAACACGAGCGUCUUCGACCUUAUUUCAAGUAUUUGAAACUAUUAUUGACUGCUAUAGUCAAACUACCCUGCGUUGAACCACAAACCAUUUGGCGAGGAGUGCCCAAAGAUGUGAGUGCAGAUUUUUCGUCUGGAACUUCAGUAACAUGGCGAGCAUUUUCAUCAUGCACCUUUACAAUGCCUGUGUUGGAAAAUAACAUGUUUCUAGGCAAAACAGGCGCUCGAACGCUUUUCUCCAUCGAAGCUAUCAAUGGUCGACUACUAAGUAAACAUUCAGAAGUUGCCAACGAAGAUGAAGUCCUUCUUCUACCCGGUACUCGCAUGAUAGUUCAAUCGAAAAUGAACCCGGCACUAGAUCUCCACAUCAUUCAUUUAAAACAGAUAGAACCGAAGGAAAUACUACUCGAACCACCUUUCAAAGGUGCACAUAUUUAUCCGAAAAUUAAACGUCAAUGGUAUCGUAAGAAAAGAUUCGCCAUUCCAUUCAGUUUACUGGCAAUUAUGUUGGCUAUAGCAGCUAUUGUCGGCUCUGUUGUGGGAUCAAGAUUAGUCGAUAGCAAGUCAGGCGUCUGUAAAAAUCCUUAUACAAGUUCAAUAAGCAUCAAGACAGGCUCCUAUCCUCGAUCUGUAGCAGUAGGCAAGUUCAACAACUAUAACAAACAAUUGUAUCUAGCAGUAGCCGAUCUGUUCGAUAACGAAGUUGCAAUAUUAUUUCCAAAUGGCAAUGGAACUUUUGCAAUGCAGCAGUCACAGUACUCUCUUGGUGUUCCACCAGCAUAUUUAACUGUAGGUGAUUUUAACAAUGAUCAUAAACUGGACUUAGCAAUAGCCAUAAGGGUUCAAAAUUCAAUUGCUGUAUGGAUUAAUAACGGGAAUGGAGAAUUCGAGAGUAAUCUAAGUCUGUAUAGCACUGGUAUAGGUCCGAACUCUGCGAUAUCAACUGAUCUCGACAAUGACAACAUAUUGGAUUUGGUAGUAGCUAAUCGAAACGACAAUAGCAUUAGUGUGCUGCUUGGGAUGGGCAAUGCAACUUUUCAGAAUCAAAUCAAGUAUACGGCUGGCAGUCAACCCAUGUCUGUAGUAGCAGGUGACUUUAAUGGUGACAACAAAUUGGAUUUGGCAGUUGCUAAUGAUGGUGAUAAUACAAUUAGCGUGUUGCUCAGUUCAGGAAAUGGACCUUUUCUGCCUAAAAAAACAUUUAAUACUAGUAGCUCUCCACAAUGUGUGAUAGCAGGUGAUUUCAACGACGAUGCAAAACUAGAUCUGGUAGUUACUAACGCAGGCAACAAUACUGUGAGCAUACUUCUUGGGAUGGGAGAUGGAAACUUCCAGAAUCAUACUCAGUAUGCAACUGGCAAUUAUCCCACUUUUGUAACAGCAGGUGAUUUCAACAACGAUGAACAACUAGAUAUAGCAGUGGCUAACCAAGGCGGUACUACAGUAAGCGUGCUUCUUGGAAUUGGAAAUGGAAGCUUUCAACCUCAACAAAUCUAUCUGACUGGCUCAGCACCCCAAUCCGUGAUAUCAGUAGAUGUCACCAACGAUAACAAUUUAGAUUUAGUCGUGGUCAAUAAUAACGACAUGACUGGCAGUCUAUUAGUUGGAAGUGGCAAUGGUACGUUCGAUUGUCAAAGAGUAUUUACGACUGGUAAUAGGCCUACAUCUGUCGUAUCAGGAAAUUUCAAUAAUGAUAGCAUACCUCAAUUAGUAGUAGCCAACGUCGGUGAUGGAACUAUCAGCAUGCUGUUUGGUGAUACUAGUGCAAGAUUCGCGAUUCGUCAGUCAGCAUAUUCGCCUGGCAAUUUACCUGCAUCUGUAAUAUCAUUUGACUUCAACAAUGAUAACACGUCAGAUCUAGCAGUAGCUAAUUUUUAUGACAACACUGUCGUUGUACUGAUUGGCAAUAAUAAUAAUGAAACCUUUCAGUUUAUAGGAACUUAUCAAACUGGAAGUGCACCCCUCGAUAUAGUAUCAGCUGAUUUCAACAAUGAUGGCGUGGCAGAUUUGGCAGUUGCUAAUUCUAACGAUGCUAGUGUAAGUGUAUUACUUGGCAAUAGAAAUCAAACCUUUCAAAAUCAAAUGAUAUAUGCAACUGGUAACGCUCCGAUCUCUCUGAUUGCUGGUGAUUUCAAUAACGAUGGAAAACAGGAUCUAGUAGUGGCUAACAAUGGAGAGUCUAGUGUGAGUGUGCUGUUAGGAAAAAAUGGAAAUGGUUCGUUUCAAAAUCAAACUAAGUAUGCGACUGGCUCCGCUCCCAGCUCUUUGACCUCCGAUGAUUUCAACAACGAUGGAAGAAUGGAUUUGGCAGUGACUAAUAGUAAUAACAAUACCGUCAGCGUGCUACUGGGGAUUGGAGAUGGAAGCUUUCGAGAUCAAACCACUUAUAUGACUGGUGAAUCUCCUUACGCCGUAGUUGCAGGUGAAUUUAACAAUGAUGGAAAACAGGAUCUGGUAGUGGUUAAUUACAAGAAUGAUUCUAUCAGUGUACUGCUUGGUAAUGGUGAUGGGACUUUUCAAUCUAAAAACGAUUAUCCGACGGAUGACGGCCCGUGGUAUAUGAUAUCAGCUGAUCUCAAUAAUGAUAACAAAUUGGAUCUUGUAGUAACCAACACAUUCUCUGGGGAUUUGAGUAUUUUCUACAACUCGUGCACGUAA